AUGUUUAGGCCGCUGUUCGCCGCAGCGCGCGCAACCGUCCGCUCCGUUCCCCGUGCCGCUGCACCAUCCCAGCGCUCGGGGCUGCAAGCAUUGCGCCGUCCAAUUUCCUCCACGUCUCGCCGCUCCGUCGAGUACCGGCGCUUCGACACCCGCUCGUCAGGGCAGCCCAAUUCCUCAGACAAUGCAGUGAACUAUGUGCGGCGCCGCGUCGGCGGUGACCGCGGCAUGGUGAUCUACGGGGUGCUGAUUGGCGGCGGUGUCAUCUACUAUGUGGCCCACCUCGAGCGAGUGCCAGUCACCGGACGACUGAGGUUCAUGGACUGCUCCCCCGAGCAGGAGAGCGAGAUUGGCCAGGCAACCUACUCUGAAACCAUGGCCCAGCUUCAGGGCCAGCUUCUCCCUCCCAACCAUCCCGUCACACGACGUGUGCGCGAGAUCGCAAAGCGGAUCGUCGAGCGCAACGGCUUGGGGAGGGUGAAGGAAGGCCACACCCUGAGCACCAUCGAGGAGGUGAUGGGCUCAUGGGGCAUGGGCGGAGGAAUGGAGAGCCCGGGGAAUAUAUCUGCAACGGAGGAAGGGAACGAAAAUGCCGAGUGGGAGGUGUACGUUGUCGACGACAGCAAGACGAUGAACGCAUUCGUGAUCCCUGGUGGUAAGAUCUUCGUGUUCACAGGUAUCCUACCCGUGUCCGGCAACGACAGUGGCCUGGCGACGGUGAUGGGCCACGAAAUCUCGCACGUUGUUGCGCGCCAUGGUGCCGAGCGUAUGAGCUACAUGAAGGUGCUGUUUGCCGUUAGCUUCAUCCUCGAGACACUCGGCCUGGAUGUGGGCCUUACGCGUGCACUGGUGACUCUCAUGCUCCAGCUGCCGAACUCGCGCACGAGCGAGUCCGAGGCGGACGACAUUGGCCUCCGUCUCAUGGCCAAGGCAUGCUACGACCCGAGCGAGGCGCCCAAAGUGUGGGAACGGAUGAGCGAGAUGGGCGGUGGAGGUGGCAAAUUUGACAUCACCAGUACACACCCGGCGAACCGGAAGCGCAUCAAGGCGCUGGAGAAGGAGUUGCCGCUGGCGAACGAACUGGCCGCGGCCAACUGCAGCGGCGUGGCUGACCACAAGGCCAGUUUCGACGAGGCUACAGCCAAUUGGUCCAAGUGGAGCUAG